AUGACGGUGCAAGUGACUCCAUUGGACGCCGCUCUGCAGCUUUUCACUACCGUGCAGGACAAUGUCACGAACUUUGCCGCAAAGUCCACAACUAAACCGGUAGUGGUUUUCUUCCUGCCCCAACAGCCCGACCGCAAACAAAAGCGAGAGCUACAAAAACUUCUUGUGCCCAUCGCGUUCCUGUUCCGCGGCCGCGACGAUAUUACACUAGUGCAGUCGCCUUCGAGUGAGCUUACACAAUCGAGUCUUGCGGUGUUCAAGAAUGGUACUCAAGUCGUUAAUGUCACGAUGGGGAGUGAACUAAAGGACUGCGUCAACACAUUGGUGGAACAGAUCGGCUGGAGUCCGGACUGUCCCGAUGAGACGCAGCUGCACAACUACCUGUCGCCGAUCAACGCUGAGGAGCUACUGAGUGACGUUGCGGCCUUCACUGUCACCACUGGCCAGCGUGACUACAUAGCCAACACUGCUAAUGUGUCGUCCAUCAUCUGGCACGCCUUCGUGGAGGCCGGACGUCCCAUUAACUGGGUGGGAUUCUACUUUUUCCGACCUCUUGCCAAUCCCAAGGUGACGGACCACGACCACAUCCUGAUUCUCGGACCAUUCAUGGGCAAACCUGCGUGCAGUCGUAUCCGGUACCAGAGCGGCGUGUGCGGAGCAUCAUGGAGAACCAAGUCAGUGCAGCGUAUCGUGGACGUGCAUGAAUUCCCCGGUCAUAUUGCAUGCGACGAUGCCUCGGAAUCCGAGUUGGUGGUUCCUGUAUUGAGCAAGCAGGGAGACGUCAUCGCUCUCAUUGAUCUAGACUGCCCGCAGAAGAACGGAUUCUCGGCAGAGGACGAGCGCACAUUCGUCGAGGUGGCGCGCAUAAUGGCGGAUGCGUGCGAUUGGAAUAACGUUAAAGUGCCAUACACCCAGCCGUAA